AUGCAGGACGACGAGCGGCCUCUGUGCGUGCCGCUGGUCCUCCGUCAAUUUGCCACGUGCUUUCUACACCGCGACUCGAGCCCGUUCGACUUUCUGUCCUACCAGCCAUAUAUCGGCUGCAAGUGCAUCCGAGCGUCGACGCUCCAUCCCUUUUGGUUUGACGUGUGGCGCCAUUGGUCCAAAACACCGACGGACAAGCGCAUCUUGGAGACGCCGUCGUACGAGAUGGUCGCCAACAUGCCGGUGUGGCUCACGACGUACGUACCCAUGGCCAUUGGUGCGACAUGCCACGCGUCGAAGAUCGUUCCCGCGGGCGCAAAUGCGCCAAGCAGCUUCUGGUACUUGUGGCCACAACUCGAGACGCUCAUGCGGCGCAACAACCCGGGCACUCGCGUGCACAUGGGUCGUGUCGGCGCCGCCGUUUACAAGCAUCUCUGCGACGUGUACGACCAAGUGCGCCGGUAG